CUUUUGGUUUAACUUCAUUAGUACAAUUUGAAACAUUCAGUAAAGUAAACAUCUCAUCCUUCCUCAAAAAAAUUAUCAAAAUGAAAUUCUUCGCUGUAUUUGCUUGUGUUAUUGCCGCUAGCUUAGCUGCUCCAUUGGAUGAUAGCAAAAAUGCACAAAUCUUGAGAUACGAAAACGACAACACCGGACUCGGAAACUACAACUUUGCCUACGAAACCAGCGAUGGAACAUCCAGACAAGAAACAGCUGAACUCAAGAAUGUAGGAACAGAAAAUGAAGCCCUCGUCGUUCGUGGAACAAUCAGAUGGGUUGCUCCAGACGGUCAAGAAUUUGUCUUGAACUACAUCGCUGACGAAAAUGGAUUCCAGCCAGAAGGAAACCAUUUGCCACGAGUCUAAAUAAUUU